GGCGCCUGUACGGCGCGGUUCAAGGGUCCGGGAGCAGCGGAGGCGCGGCAGGAGACUCUCAGAACCUGGCCCGGCCCGGCUGGGGACAUCGUGGCGGGGAGGGACAGGGCGGCGCCCGGCUGGGCUACCCGGCCCGCUCACCUCGCCUUAGCGGCGCGCCCAGCUCGGGACUGGGGAGGAGGGAGUCGGACCUGCGGGCCUCUGGAUUCCAGGACCGCCCCCUGCCGCUUCCGGGCCAGCGGCGAGCGGCGGCGACGGCCGGAGCCGCAGCGGCAGCAUGAGAGCCCCCGCCGCUCCUCCACGCCUGCGGACGCGCGGCCAGCGGCGGCGGCUCUGCCUGCGGGCGCCAUGGGGGCGCCCUGGGGCCCGGAGGCCGGCGGGCGGCGCCGGCGGCGCAGAGGCCAGGGGCAGCUACAGAGCGCCUCGGCCCUGGUGGCAGCCGGCCUGAUGUGCACCGCGCUGGCCGCCUACGUCUGCUGGGAGCAGUUGCCGCCGCUGCCCUGGACAUCCCCUGCCCCGCCGGGGCAGGUGGGCGUGCUGCUCUGGUGGGAGCCUUUCAGGGGACGCGGCGCCGCCGCCUCGAGGCCGCCCCCCGACUGCCGGCUGCGCUUCAACAUCAGCGGCUGCCGCCUGCUCACCGACCGCGCAGCCUACAGCGAGGCUCAGGCAGUGCUGUUCCACCACCGCGACCUGGUGAAGGGGGCCCUGGACUGGCCACCGCCCUGGGGCGCGCGGGGCCGCGCCGCCGAGGAGCUGGAGUUGCGCGCGUUGGGCUACCAGGAGCCCGCGGCCCUCAUGACCUCAGGCUCCAGGCCCCCGGGCCAGCGCUGGGUGUGGAUGAACUUCGAGUCUCCUUCUCACUCCCCGGGGCUGCGAAGCCUGGCAGGUAACCUCUUCAACUGGACGCUCUCCUACAGGGCCGACUCGGACGUCUUCGUGCCCUAUGGCUACCUCUACCCCAGGAGCCACCCGGGCGACCAGCCUCCGGGCCUGGCCCCGCCGCUGGCCCGGAAGCGGGGGCUGGUGGCCUGGGUGGUGAGCCACUGGGACGAGCGCCAGGCCCGGGUCCGCUACUACCAUCAGCUGAGCCAGCACGUGCCCGUGGACGUGUUCGGGCAGGGCGGGCCCGGCCGCCCGGUGCCCAACAGCGGGCUCCUGCACACGGUGGCCCGCUACAAGUUCUACCUGGCGUUUGAGAACUCGCAGCACCUAGAUUACAUCACUGAGAAGCUCUGGCGCAACGCGUUCCUGGCCGGGGCGGUGCCGGUGGUGCUGGGCCCAGACCGUAGCAACUACGAGCGCUUUGUGCCUCGCGGCGCCUUCAUCCACGUGGACGACUUCCCCAGUGCCUCCGCCUUGGCCACCUACCUGCUCUUCCUCGACCGCAACCCAACUGUCUACCGCCGCUACUUCCACUGGCGCCGGAGGUACGCCGUGCACAUCACCUCCUUCUGGGACGAGCCGUGGUGCCGGGCCUGCCAGGCUGUGCAGACGGCCGGGCACCAGCCCAAGAGCAUAGGCAACUUGGCGCACUGGUUCGAGCGGUGAAGCUGGCCCAUGCUGCAAGCGACCGAGGGAAGCCACGUUGUCAGCUCUUUGAUUUCCCUACCAAGCAUCUCCUUGAUUGCUGAAUCAAGGGACCAAGUUCUCAGAACACUUUUUUUUUUUUUUUUUUUGCUUUAUUGGAAAAAGGUGAUUUGCCAAUUAACAUUAUACAACUGCAAGAUGGGGUGGGAAAGGUCCCAGGUUCUCCUGCUUUAUGCACAACUACCCUUUGGGCUCCUUCUGCUGUUGAUGGCCAUGGCUGUUAAGUAAGGGCUUUGAAGAAGGGUGCCCGUGCUUACCUUGUAGCUUGGGCAGAGGUGAAGAGCUGCCAGGCACCGAGGCUGUUUCUCUGUAUUUCCACAGUGGUGGCCCAGCUGGCAUUUUCCUGAAGCAAACAGCUGACUUUAGAAGGCGCCUGGGUGUGGUGUGGCCGCAAGUGUGGCUUUCUCUUUGUUGGAGUCCUCAAACCCCAGCCUCCUGGGAAAGGUGAGCAGGGUGGUUAAAGGCGCUAUUGACUUCCUUAACAAGUACUGUUUCUUCUGCCCCAUGAAUGGGAACAAGAUACUGGAUUGUCCUUGAAGGAGUCUCAAGAUGAACAUAUGGGUGUACUUCCUUUACACAAGAAAUGUAUUCUUGAAAAACUGCGUUUAAAUCAAAUCAAAAAUUCAGGACCCUAAGAGAGUUCAAUAUUUAACCAAAUCCUAUGGAGAAUCCCUUUAUAAUGUGAAUAAUCAUAUCCUAAUUUAUUUCUUCUGUUUUUAUGUUUUCUUGUAUUUGGGUUUUUUUUUUUAAUAUUAAUGUUACAAAAGUGAAAAUCAAGCAGAAGCAACCUUCUUCUCUUUCCAGCAAACCAGCCUGUGUUUACAAACAGAAGAAAGGAAGCCACAAUGUCACUUUCCACAAAAGUGUCAUGUCUUUACUGGACUGAAACUUUAGGCUGGCAGAUCAGUCCUUCAGGGAUGUGGCAUUACUUGUCUGCAGAACAGUGGAAGGGAUUGUACUGCAUGACAGAAUCAUGCAAGUGGAAAAAAGAAAAUGUUAUAGUAUCUGUUAGUGACUUUUUGUUUGUGAGUUUUGGGUUGAAUGUUUAGUCCUAGGGAAUGGAACUAAGUUCGUGCCUAUGAUGAACUUCCUCUGUCUUUUGUAAAAGGCUAAAUCUGCUGUGCUCCCUGUGCUAACAGACUGCCCUUCUAGUCUGCACAGUACAGCAAAUCCUCACAUUUUAGUGCCCUUGAGAAUGUGCCAUGGGAUCAGUCUUAAAAAUACAUGCAUUGACUUUGCAGGUUGUUGAAUGAGCAGCAUAUACAACAGGUGUCACUGCGUACCUACUUGAUGCCAAACACUGGAGUUGGGGCCCCGGGAAAGAGAAAAAAAAAGUAUAUAAGGCAACAACCUCCUUUUAGAGUUCUUACAGUCUGCCACUGCCAAAAGUGAAAAAUGACUGCUGAAACAAUUGGCAGACUCAAUUCACUUAAAGUGACAUGAUCGUAAAUCAGUAAGAAAGUUGUAUAGACUGUAGUCUGUAACAUAGACUAUUAUAUAUUUUAUAUGCAUAAUAGUGAUAUGGACUAUAAAUUAUAAAGCUAAUUGAUCUAAAGCUUGAAAUGAUGGAUUUUAAUCCUUAAUUUAUUGUAAGAUCUUCACUGACUAAUUAUUAUGGGUAGGACCCAAGAUUUAGUUUUCUACAGAAGUCUUCUAUAAACAGUAAUUUUAUAUUUGAUUGGUACAGUUAUCUGAGUCAUAAGCAAGUUUUAUAUCUGUGGGCGUUUGCUGCCAAUGAACUUGGAAAGCCUACUGGAUCUAGGUGCUGCAGUUCUGUUCCUUAAAAGGAGAAGUGAACAGCUAUGGAUAAAAUUUCCUCAUUAAAGUAUUAUAGUGUGGACAGAAUUACAAACUACCAGCCAUCCAAUAAAGAUAAUGAAAAAAUUCUAUUCUUGAAAAACUAUUUAUGAGAUGUUGGCCAGUGGUCUUGGCGUUAUUGGGAAACUACCUGGGGCAGUGAGACAGAGCUUAGGUUUUGAAGGUAAUCUGAUUAAGGUUUGAAUUUCAGCUGUGUGACAUUGGGCAAAAUAGUAAAAACCGUGAGCCUUAGCUUCCUCAUCUGUAAAAUGAGGGAGGAAAAUAUUUCAUAGCUCAUUGUGAGCGUUUCAGGAAAUAAACGACAGGUGCCUAACACACAGUGGGCACUAGUUGAUUUUAUAUUUUUUCUUUCUUUCCUUGCAAUGAUUUCAGGAUGCUCUUGUAACCAUUUAUACAUAUGUCUAAAAUUAAAUCUCAAAGAUGUUACAGAAUAAAUCUGAAGUAAAAAGGAAA